UAUUUGUCUCAUUUGGAGAGCCUUUUGGUGCAAAUUAGUCCCAAAGAGUGUCUCAUUUGUGUUCACGACAAACAAGAGUCGACGGCCAAGAAGUUGACCACAAUUUUAGAUAAUAACAGAAUUCUAGUCACAGAAGUGAAGAAGAGUUCGUUGAACGCAUCGAAUCUGGAAUCAGAUUUAGACAAACUCUUGAAUAAAAGUGAUAACAAAGAAAUCACUAUCAAUUCGAUGUUAGAGCAGAAGUGGCUCUCAAAAGAAGCGAUCGCUGGUGUCUUGGAUUAUCUCAAUCUUUUAGGCGAUGACUCUAAUUAUGAAAGUUUUCAAUUCAAUGAAAUUAAUUUAAGACAAUUUGUCAAAUUGGACGCAACGGCUGUCCAUUCAUUGGAUUUGUUUCCUAACGCUGUCAACGAUUCCAUGACUAAUAAGACCAAUAGAACCUUAUUUCAAGUGCUCAACAAUUGCCGCACACUUUCAGGCCAGAGAUUAUUGGCUCAACUCAUUCGACAGCCUUUGACUGAUAUUAACAAAAUCGAGGAGAGACUCGAUAUCAUUGAGUAUUUCGUUAAAAAUUACGACAUUCGUCAAGACUUGAGCGAAAUAUACCUGAAGAAAGUGCCCGAUUUGUCCCGCAUUUACAAGAAACUUCACUCCAAAAGGGCUACACUUCAAGACUGUUAUCGCAUUUAUUUAAUGACUAAAAUAUUACCCAAUUUUGAGAAUUGUUUGAUUCGAGACGAGAGCGACGAGUGUCUGGCAAUGAAGCAAAACUUUUCGGACAAACUACGAGUCAUUUGCGCUGAACUGUCGAAGUUGUCGAAAGCACUGGAGGGUGUCAUCGAUGAGGAGCGCAUUGAAUCCAACGGCGAGUUUUGGAUUAAAGCCGAUUACGACGACGAUCUCAAAGAGCUUCGCAAACGACUCGAUCGCUUCGAAGAGGAAGCAAAUGCUGUUUAUAAGGCUGUCGAUAGAGAGAUCACUAAAGAGCAGAAAGAGGACAAAUCUGUGGUUAAAUUGGAGUCGAGU